GCAACUGGGAGCUCUUGGCAGUCACCAUGAGGACGCUGGCUCUGUUCUGCUGCUGCAUGGCUUCUCUCCUGCUCUCAGGGAAAGCAGAACUGCAAGUCUCUGCCUCGGGUGGCACAGAAGAUGUUGCCAAAUUGUUGGAGAAUCAAUUCUCAGCUGGAGAUCCAAGUCUAGAGGAGGAGAGGGCACUUUAUGCAGACCCAGUCCCUCCAGAGAAGAACCUGCAGCUCCAUUAUACAGAUGGCAGUGAGGCUGAGAAUUGGGAGAGGAGAGAGGCUGGGGGGGAGCCCGGGCCCCCUGCUGAUGCUGAAAGCCACCACAGCCCAGCUUCUGAUCCUGAAGCCAAUACCUCUGUCUUAGAGUCAGCUCUGCCUUGGGAAGCUGCUGACAAGGCUGGAGCUGGAAGGGAAGAAGAAGCCCCUGCAGAAGCAGGUGCUCUUCCUGAAGAAGGAAAAGGGGAUUCUCUGGAGGAAAAUCAGCAGGAACUUAUAGAGGGAGAUGGUGCAGGAGGGGAAGAGGCAGAGGCUAGCUCUGAAGAAGGAAAAGGAGGACCCGUGGAGGAAAAGCAGCAGGAACUCAUAGAGGGAGGUAGUUCAGAAAGAGAAGAAGGGGUAGGAGAGGUUGUGACGGAGGGAGGCUUGGAAUUUCCUAGUGCAGGAGAGGCUGGAGGCCCAGCUGAAGGGGAAGAGGGGACCAUUAAAGAGAUAGGAGAGGUCCCAGGAGAAGAGGAAACAUCAGCAGUAGAACCUGAGCCCUCUCCCAGUUCAGAGCAUGAGGGUGAGAGAGAACAUGGAGACCAAGAAGCCUCAGAAGCCCCAGGAAGCAUGGAGGCAGAAAUGACACAGGAAAAGGAGUUACCCAAGGCUGAGGACGAUGCAGAGGGGCCUGAGAAAGGAGAACAAGAACUGGAGGCUGAGGCAGAAAUGACUGAGGCUCAGGGAGAACCCCAGGGAAGCUCUGAGGUAGAUCAGAACUUAGAGAGCUCAGCCCCAGCCAAGGCCAGUGGCAAGACAGAAGACACUGAGAGCUCUGGUGCAGGGCAGGAGGCUGAGUUGCUCUCUGCGGAAGGUCAGACAUCACUGAUAGUUAGCCAAGAGCUGGAGGAGGCAUCUUCUGAGGAACAGAAAGAGGAAGAGGAAGGAUACCAGUCUGAUGAGAAGUCUGAAGAAGAUGCUGGGGAAGGCAGCUCAGAAGAAGGAGAGGUUUCUGAGGAAGUUACAGCUGCCCAGGAAGAGCCAGGAGCCACAAGCCAUGAGGAUGAAGAAGCCAAACCUGGCCCAGAGAAAGCAGCUUCAGCUCCUGAAGAUUCAGAAGGUCCAGGUUCCCCAGGCAGGUGUCAGGAAGAGACAGAGGAUGUAAGUGAAGCACCUGUAAGGGACCGUUCUCACAUAGAGGAAACCCUGAUGCUGAAAGAGGACAAGCCAGCUGAUGACUUUUCAGGGGUGAUGCAGCGGUUAAGAAAGAUCUACCAUUCUUCCAUCAAACCCCUGGAGCAGUCCUACAAGUACAAUGAACUGAGGCAGCAUGAGAUUACAGAUGGGGAGAUCACUUCCAAGCCAAUGGUACUUUUCUUGGGACCAUGGAGUGUUGGCAAAUCCACCAUGAUAAAUUAUCUCCUUGGGCUUGAAGAUACUCGUUAUCAGCUCUACACAGGUGCUGAGCCCACCACUUCUGAGUUCACAGUCCUCAUGCAUGGCCCUAAGCUGAAAACCAUCGAGGGCAUUGUCAUGGCCGCUGACAGUGCUCGAUCUUUCUCACCCCUUGAAAAGUUUGGUCAGAACUUCUUGGAGAAGCUGAUUGGCAUCGAAGUCCCUCACAAACUUUUGGAGAGAGUCACUUUUGUGGACACACCGGGUAUCAUUGAAAAUCGCAAGCAGCAAGAACGAGGUUAUCCAUUCAAUGAUGUGUGCCAGUGGUUCAUUGACAGAGCUGACCUCAUCUUUGUCGUCUUUGACCCAACCAAACUAGAUGUGGGUCUGGAGCUAGAAAUGCUCUUUCGCCAACUAAAAGGUCGUGAAUCCCAAAUAAGAAUAAUAUUGAACAAAGCUGACAAUCUGGCCACCCAGAUGCUCAUGCGGGUUUAUGGAGCCCUCUUUUGGAGCUUGGCCCCUCUCAUUAAUGUCACAGAACCCCCAAGAGUUUAUGUCAGCUCCUUUUGGCCCCAGGACUACAAACCUGACACUCACCGAGAGUUAUUCCUCAAAGAAGAAAUCUCCCUCUUGGAAGAUCUGAAUCAAGUGAUUGAGAAUAGGAUGGAGAAUAAGAUUGCCUUCAUUCGUCAGCAUGCCAUCCGGGUACGCAUUCAUGCUCUUUUGGUUGACCGCUAUUUGCAGACCUACAAGGAUAAAAUGACUUUCUUUAGUGACGGAGAGUUGGUCUUCAAGGACAUUGUGGAGGAUCCAGAUAAGUUCUACAUCUUCAAGACCAUUCUGGCAAAGACCAAUGUCAGCAAGUUUGACCUCCCCAAUCGUGAGGCCUAUAAGGACUUCUUUGGCAUCAAUCCUAUCUCCAGUUUCAAGCUGCUUUCUCAGCAGUGCUCCUACAUGGGAGGAUGCUUUCUGGAGAAGAUUGAAAGGGCCAUCACCCAUGAGCUCCCCAGUCUCUUGGGAAGCAUCGGUUUGGGGAAGAAUCCAGGUGCUCUCAACUGCGACAAAACGGGGUGUGGUGAAACCCCAAAGAACCGCUAUAGGAAACCUUAAUGCUGUGGAGUUUAACUGGUUCUUGUGUUUCUAUUGGUGAAUGAGCUUGUGUCUUAUGUGUAUGAGAAGCCCCGGUUUAUUAACCCUUUGAGCCAAACUGGUAAGAGCUAGUGUACAAUGGAGGGCUUGGAGUUAAUGGAGGCCAAUUGUGGGGAAAGGUGCAAGGGCCUAGUAAAGAGAAUGGAAACUGUGAAUUAUAGACCUUUUUGUAUUUGCUAUUUCAAUUAGGAGGCCCCAUUUUCCCUAUGAGCAAAAGCAGAAAAAUAUAAUGUACGGUAUAUAUAGUUGCUUUCCCUUGGCAUUGACUUGAGAGUCAGAGGACAGUUUGCAUACACUGAAAAAAAAAAAGUUGAUAUUCAAAUACAAUAGAGGCAAGUGAGAUUCUUCUUCCUGAAAAACUGGAGAAAGAGUCAGGAUAGUGGCUAGAGAAGGGGAUCCAUGACCCUUUCCCUCAAGGCAACUCCAGGACUUGGCUCAAAGGUCAAAUAUUGGCUUUAUUUUUUCCACCCUGACCUUUAUCAGUCUUAAAAUUGAGAAGGAAUAUCAUCCUUUUUCUAGCAUCAGGAAGUAUAGAUGCCUAGUGAUCAACUUUUGGGUUGGCCAUGGGCAAGAAGAGGAUAGUCAGCGUCUGACCCAUUAAGGAGUUUGGAUACAAGGAUUGAUCCCAUGUGCAAAUCCAGCUCCAGAGCUUGUUGUCUUCUUCCCUCAGGCCCCCUAUCACAGGUUCUCUGGGCACCUCAUGCAUUAGGUGAGGGAAGAGAAGCUCCCUAGGGUAGUUGGGGAUCCCUUCCCCAAGCACAGACCGCUUCUCAAUACAACCCAACACCCAGGCCCACCGUGAAGCCUAGUUUUUCUAUCAGGCUAGAGAGGAGACUGGGCAGUCAGUGUAUGCAAGUCGUUCGCUACAUGCCAUUCUUGGAUUACCAGUCAAGCGAAGGCGUGAGGAGAGCUCAGAGGGUUAAUAGGUUUGCAGUGCGUCCUUGUCUUUUGCAUGUUUUGGAAGAGACAGCUAACUGAGGCCCGUGGGCCUCCAAGCAGAUGGCAGGGGUCUUGCUCCUUCUUCAUUAAGGACUUUUUGUGAAUUGAUCUCUUGUAAGUUUUGGAGGAGACAAGCUCCAUGUUCUGUCUGUGGGGGCUGUUGGGGAAAGAGUGAUGUCUUCUGUGUGGUAGUUUCUCUGUCUUUCUUUUGUCCUGCCCUCCACACCCCCUGAUGCACCAACAUCCCGAAUUAGGAAUGAUUGCCUUUGACUUGGAAAGCACUCAAAGUCAGAACCAAGACCAGCUCUUCAUUCAUCUCAAUAGCAGCUUCAUGCUGAUGUCCAGUUACGGCCAGCAUGUGACAGGGCAUGUGGGAAAGCUAUGGGCUAUGGAUAGAAAUGUGUGUAUAAAUCCGUGUGCAUGUGUGUGUGCUGAUGGACAUAAUCAUGUAGUAGAGGAUGUAUAGACAGACCUUUUUUGUUGAGAAAAUACUGCCUGCUUGGUUGGCCCCGAGGACGUCCGGGGGCCGAGGCAGAGAGGAGGGCAAGCUCUCAGAGCAGAAGGAAGCAGCCCUUAGAUGAGAUAAUAUUUAGGGUGGUAAGCGAUGCUGGGGACCUGUCAUGUGGACCAUCAUGCUAAAUCAAUGGGCCAGCCCUGUUUCUGGGGCAGAUAGUGGGGUUUUCUCUGCCUCCAAGCCAGAGUUCACCUACACCCGAGAAAAAGGGAUAGAAAAAAAACUUUGAUGGGCUAGAAAGGGAUGGUUGAGAGGGUGAGACAGUGGAAGCCAUUUGAUAUGGCAGGUUUGGAGCCCAAGGAGCUGGGUUCAAAUUGUGCCUCAGAUGCUGACUGCCUAUGUGACCUUAAGCAAUUUCCCCGAGUUCCUUUAGCUUCUUUAGCUAGAAAAUCAGGGUGUUGGACUGGAUGGCCUCUGAGGUCUUUUUAAACUCCGGAUCUAUGGUCUGAAUGGACAGAAAAGUGGCCUCUGUUUGGGACCUGGUUAGGUCUGGUUGGGAGAACAGUCAUUGUGGGAGUGGCCCAUUUUCAGAGGGGUAUCUCAGUAGUGGUUAUUGCUUUUGGCUUUUCCAGGGCUGGGGUAUGGGUGUGGACAUAGUGGUGUUGAAAGGAGGUUGAAGCUAUUCCAAAGAAAAUAAUACAUUUCUGAAGUCCCUAGAAACUUUACAGUUCCCCAGUAGCCACCUUGGUCAAUCUACUUGGACGUGUCAGCCUUGGGGUUGGAUCUGAGGGCAGGAGCAGAGGGAGAAGGGCAGGGAAAAUGCCUGGCAGAGGACAGGCAGACCAGAGAGGAAGUCCCUGCUCAGUCCAAAAUUGAAAUAGCUUUAGCCAGAAAAGCAGGGGGGGGCAUCAAGACAAAUGGUGACUCCAAACAAAGAGAAAGUUUGGAAUUUGCCCUAGACUUUCUUCUCAGACUUCUUUAUUCUAAUGCUCUCCUCCCUUUAUGAGCCCCUUCCUUCUCCCUCUUUGUCUCUCUAGCUUAUAAGAUAACAGGAAACUUCCCAGUGUAACAGUUUUGCUCACUAUGGAAGCUGAGGCAACAAUAAAUAAAUAAAUAAUGACAGAACUGUCUAGGCCUUGUCAUAGCUAUGGAUGUCACUGUUGUUCUUUUUUUUUUAGUAGAAUAAGGCUAAUAAUAAAAUUCCUACACUAUUUAUACUUCCAAAGGCUACAUGAUCAAUGUGUUCUUUUAUAUCUUCCCACCUGCCCCACCUUCUAUCUUUAUUUUUUCUUUAUUCCACUUCUUUUUCAUGUCUUUAUUUUCCCUUUCCUUCUCUGUGUUCUGUCACUUUCCUACUAGGCCAUUUAAUCAGUCUCUACAUUUUUAUGGAGUCCUUGCUAGAUACCUGGUACUCUGCUUGGCAAGGUGGGGUGAGAGAAGGCUGGGCUUUGAACAAAAUUUUAACCCUUCUUUGGAUGUCAGGAUACAGAGAAAACCAGAAGUAUCUUCUGGAUCUUGUCCUUUUCCAAUGUUCAUUCAAUUCAAUUCCAUAUAACACACACUUAUUAAAUAACUACUAUGCAUAAGGCACCCUUUCCUCCCUAUUGCAUGGGUUGUUGGUAGGACACAGAAUCACACAGUUCUUAGAUAACUACAAAAAUUAAUUUAGUUGUUUUAUUUGAUAUGUGAUUUUUGCCUAAAGACCAGUCAGUUGACAUGCUACUAGAAGAAUUGAACCAAAAGGAAGAAUAAGAGGGAGGCAUCCAAUUCAUUGGGUGAAUACUCUGAGGAGAAUUUAUAGAAAGACAUUGAUGGGAACUGUACAAGAUGAGGUGUGGAGUGGUUGUGAUUGGCAACUACCCUUCUUCACACAGAUGAAAUGUGGGAGUUAAGGCUAGAUGCUGUCUCUGGAUUACAUUCAGGGAAAAGCUUUGGUUGGGUGCUGAUCUCUUGUUAACACCUUGUGUCUUCUGGUGGCAGUUCAGAAGGGCUAUUAAUUUCUCUUUGAAAAAAGGUGGUCCAGUCUAGUUAUUCCUAAAUUAUUGGGCUGUUUGGGUAGAAAUCUCAGUGGACAGGCCAAGCUCUCAGCAGAAUUGUGAAUUUAGAAGUUUGUUUUUAGGAAACUUUCUUCUCUCCCAUACCACUCCACUCUCUCCCCUCUUGGUUCCACCUCAUCAAUUGCCUCUUCUGUAUGACAAUUCUCCUGGCCCUGCUAUCUGCUAGCUAAUUCUUAUUAGGGUAUUAGCUGAUAUCUUUUAGGUGUUCCACUUCCUUGAGACAUUUGCAUUCUAGUUGCUUGAAAAAGUCUUCCAGACCAAAAGGAAUUAAUUUCUAAUGGUGGAAUUUCAGGCACUGUGACAGGUUGGGGAAGAGAUUACUGGGAAGGGAACCUGCCCCAAAUACCUCAAAUCAGACCCAGUAGGCAGUCACCCACUCUUCCUGUACAGAAGGUCAUCCCUUCUAGUGGUAACUGUGUGCAGCUGAGUCAGAAGUUCCUGCCUAUGAUGGGAACAUACAAGGAGCAUCAAUUCUCAUUGACUGCCUCAGAUGGUAAUUAUUCUAAGCCAUACUAUGGAGAGUCUGGCUAAACUAGUGUAUUUGAUUUUAAAAAAUUAGCCUGUGAUCCACAGUCCUAAAUUCCUAUCAGUGGUGUUUAGGCAAGAAUCCCAUAUUGCUCCAUCCUAAGAGAGACACCCAGGAAGCUGAAGAGGAAAGAGCAUUGCAUUUGAAGUCAAAGGACCCGAUUUCAAAUUGACUCUGCUACUUGCUCUCUGUGUAACCUUGGGCAAGUCACUUUACCUCUAGGGGACUCAGUUUCUUCAUCGAUAAAAUGAAGUGGGGGGGUGGAUUAGAUAGUCUCUUAGAUCCUUUUCAGCUUUAAAUCCUAUGAUCCAUGAUGGACUGGGGUAAAGUCAUAGUAUUUUACAGGUAUUGUGUAUGACAACCACUUAAAUAAAAUUACUUAUUUGGCAAACCCA